AUGUCCCACUUCACGUAUUUGGAAGCCAAUGUACCUCAUGCAAAGGAUCAAAUGCGGAGGCCUGUCGAUAUCAACAAGCUGAUAUCGCGUGAAGGCAAACGCCCAAGCGAGACAGCAUUUGGGAGGCCGGUGUAUUUGAAUAAAAAAAAAAGAAUAGAGGCAGCUGCAGACAAGGAAGUUCACGAGAUACCGAAGGCUGCGGAGGACAUUCAGUGGAUUAAGGCGGAAAAGGCCAAAGCAAAUGAGGAGCCGAGAACUUUAGGUGCGAGCAACAGGGGUGCUGGUACAAAAUCUGGCGCUUAUGCUCAGAAGAACCGAUCCAAGUUUCGUUUUGAUUGGAGCGCUGAAGAUGACACCACCGGCGAAGAUGCCCCUGUAGUAAGCCGCAAGGUUAGAGACGCAGCGAGAAAGUCUCCGGAGUCCUUAGAAGAGAUUUAUAUGGGAAAACACUGGAGCCAGAAGGCCCUAGAAGAGAUGUCAGAGCGGGACUGGAGAAUUUUAAGGGAGGACUAUCACAUCGAGACUAAAGGCGGUUCCAUCCGACACCCACUGCGGAACUGGACCGAGACAAACUCUAUACCCACCGAAAUAGUGGGAAUUAUAGAGACGAAGCUUAAGUACCUCGAGCCCACCCCAAUUCAAAGAGCAACAAUACCCAAUGUACUGAAUGGGAGAGACUUCGUCGGCGUUGCAGCGACUGGCUCCGGUAAAACAUUAGCAUUCCUCAUUCCCCCGUUAUGCCAGCUCAAUAAUACCCCGCCCUUAAACGAUAUCACCAAAAUGGAUGGUCCAUCUGCAUUAAUUCUGGCUCCAACCAGAGAGCUGGCACAGCAGAUCGAGGCAGAGGCAAACAAAGUUGUCAAAUUUCUUCAUCGGCCCACGAAAGUCGUGAGUUUAGUAGGCGGGCAUUCAGUGGAAGAAAUAUCGUAUUCGCUUUCACAUGGCUGUGAUAUACUAGUUGCGACACCUGGUAGGUUAAUUGACUGCCUCGAGAGUAAUAUUUUAGUACUUCAACAAGUGCGUACCCUGAUUUUGGAUGAAGCCGAUAGAAUGAUUGAUUUUGGCUUCGAAGACCAAUUAACAACUAUUCUAGCUCGUACCGAGUCUGUCAAAGGAAGACAGACAAUGAUGUUCACCGCGACAAUGUCGAGCACAAUUGAGAGGAUAGCAAAUGGCUACUUGAAUAAGCCUGCCUAUGUUCGAGUCGGGUCACAAGACACAAAAGCACAGAUCAAACAAGUUGUACAAUAUUUGCCAAGCGAAGAGCAGAGAUUCUCGAGGUUAUGCCGGGACGUGCUGCCAAGGUUUAGGUCCCCAAUAAUGAUAUUUAUUAACUACAAAAGAACUGCUGAUUGGUUAGCUGCAAAGUUUUCUUCCGAAACGAGGUACCGAGUUACUACACUGCAUGGAUCGAAGUCCCAGGAGCAAAGAGAACACUCGUUGAAUUUGCUCCGCUCAGGGAAAGCUGAUAUUAUGAUAGCUACCGACGUCGCCGGAAGAGGUAUAGACAUACCUAAUGUUUCACUGGUCGUCAAUUUCCAGAUGUGCACAUCUUUUGAGGGCUAUAUUCAUCGUAUUGGUAGAACUGGCAGAGCAGGGAAGAGUGGUUGCGCAUUGACAUUUUUAACCGAAAGAGACGAACCCAAAGUCGUGGAAGAACUAUUUCAUUACGUCAAGACGACGGAUACAGAAGGCAUCAAUGACGUCGAGCCAGCUGUGCGACAAAAGUUCAAUUUGGGGAGAAAUGAACUACAGCCGAUAGUUCAUUGA